AUGGGAACAUGUCCUCUACAUGAUGAUAUGAUCCAGCUAACCAUCCAGCCAUCAAACACAACACUUCUCGAUCCCACCCUGGGUAGCCGCAGUCGCCUCAUUGCACUGGCGGGACUGGGCAUCCUGAUGAAAAUCUAUGGUCCCAUUCAUCAGCACGUGCAAUAUGGUGCUCUAUUCCUGGUCGUUAGUGGAGCAUUCAGUGCAUUGCCUAUCCUUGCCUGCUGGUACGCUAUGAACUUGGCGGGUCAUCGAAGGAAAAGCGUAGGUACAGCGUGGCAGGAUGUGUUUGGCAAUUUGGGCGGAAUUAUCGCUCUGUAUUGUUUCUUGUCGAAGGAUUCUCCUUCAUAUCAUGAUGGAUAUAUCCUCUGUAUUGCGUUCACUUGUUUCACAAUUCUCACCGCGACGAUGUAUCUCGUCGAUGUGUGGUAUGAGAAUGGGCGUCGUGAUCGAGCUGCUGCAAGGGGUGAGGGACAGGAUAUCUCCGAGGAGAUGAAAGAGUUGAUGGGUGAUUUGGCACCUAGCCAUCGCGACAUACCGUACGCCGAUGAUGACGUGAAAUUCCAUACGUCGCGCCAGGAUGCCUAUCACUUUGAGGAUGAAAGUCUCGCGGAGAAGAAUAACCACGGGGAUUCCCUGGGCUUGUUUCCCAGGUUGAAGAGGAAAGAGGCGUCUUCUUCUGGGCUAUUUUAUAAUAAUUGA